AUGGUCUUCCUGGCGAAGGACACGAGCAAUGGUGAUCUCGUCGCCAUCAAAUGUUUGAGCAAGGCUUCAGCGGAACAGGAUUGCCCUGCAGUCGACGUCGAUGAGAACUCAGUGGAGCUUGCCUGCCAUGGCCGCCUUGGUCAUCACCCGAACAUUGUCAACCUCCUCGGCUCGUUCGAGACCAAGGCCCACAUCUACCUGGUCCUGGAAUACUGCUCCAUGGGUGAUCUGUACGAAGCAAUCCGUCUUGAUCGUGGACCUCUUGAGACCAACAAAGUGCGAGAGUUCAUGCUGCAACUGGUCGAUGCUGUUGAGUUCAUGCACGCCAAGGGGCUCUACCACCGAGAUAUCAAGCCGGAGAAUAUCUUCCUUUCCGAGGAUGGCUCCAUGAAGCUCGGUGACCUUGGGCUGGCUACCACUGACGCUUGGUCACAUGAAGCUUGCGUUGGCAGUGACAGAUAUAUGGCUCCUGAACAAUACGACCCCACAGACAGUGGUUACUCUCCUGCAAAAGCUGAUACCUGGGCCAUUGGUAUCUGCUUGUUGAACAUACUUUUUUCACGCAACCCCUUCGUGACACCAACGGAUUCGGAUAAGCUGUUCACCGACUUUGCACGAGAUACCCAAGCUCUCUUCGACAUCUUCCCGAACAUGUCUCAGGACACAUUCGGAGUUUUGGUUCACGCGUUGGCUAUCGACCCCACCAAGCGUUCCUUGUCUGCCGUCCGUGAUGCACUCAUGAACGUAGUCAGUUUCACUACAGACGAAGAGGUCCUGGAUGACUUCUGCACCGAGGCUCGUGACGUCGCUCCUCCAAGUGCCAAUCGGGAGCCUUUUCGAACACCAUCCAUCUCCAGUCCUCCCGUUGAUCAGGGUGGUGCUUUCCCAUGGUCCAAGGCCCUUCAUAUGAGCCCACACCGACGCCAGCUGUCUGCCGUCCCUGAUACGGAAAGUUACACCGAAGACCUCUUUCCUGCUUCUGAAAAGGAUCGAAACUCUUGGUACUCUUUCGCUCAAAAUUCGUCUACCACUUCUGGUCUGGACUCCAUCCUUGGUGCAUCUGUCAAAUCGAUGGCCUUGCAAGCUCCCGCUCCUCGCCACCCUCCACGCUCCAAUCCGGUUCCUGUACCUUCAUCAUUGCCCUCACGCAUAACAUCUCUUUCGUCCGUGUUCGGCAAGAAGAAUAGCUCAGCCUCGAAAAGCUGGACCGACAUCUACGACGAAGAUGAGGAGGACGAGUUCAUGAAGCGCGAGGAAGUAGUCGAUAAGAGACGCGAGUACAAUAGCCGAACUUGGAGCCAGGAGAGCAAAGACAAUGACCCCACUCUUCAUCGCAGCGGUCUUUCAGAGAUCAAGGACUCUUCAGCUAAUGCCAGGACCCAAAGUCCCCACCAGUUGAAGCGUGCAACUACAGACACAGUGAACGACAGCGAUGUGUUCAUGUUCGAGGAAGCAGCACCACGCUACUCCCCUCCUCCGAAGAGAAAUUUCUCUCCUGCUCUAAAAAGGGGGAUUACUCAGGAUUCUACUCCAAAGCGUUCCAUCAUGGACAAGUGGUCUGCACUAGGUAACCGUAGGCGUCAGUACAAUCAUGGGCCAGAGUCUAUGCCGGAGACGAGUCGGAAAGCGACGAACACUGGGAAUUGGCGCACUGGUUUUGGGUUGAAGGUGUUCUCUGGGAACGGUGGAUGGGACAAGGGUAGCAGGAAGGAGAAUGUCGAUGCAAAGGUACGGGAUUGGCGCCGGGAUGCUCAUGCGAAGACGUCGCGCGAGAGCCUGGACGACGUCGAGUGGGUGGGGGCUUCAAACCCUCCAUUGUAG